CAUAGAAAAUGCAUUUAUAACACAACGGUGUAUUGCGUGCGGCAGAGGUAGAGGUAGAAAGAAUAGAUAUGGCGGAUAUGAGAGGAAGCGGCGUUGUGUGCGAUGACAGGUGUGGCUGUCCAUCUCCCUGCCCUGGUGGCAUCGCUUGUAGGUGCUCAACAGGGGGCGGGGAUGAUACGACAACGGAGCACAAGCAGUGCACCUGCGGGGAACACUGCGGGUGCAACCCCUGCACCUGUUCCAAGUCGGAAAUCAGGGGGACUGGGAAGGCCUUUUGCAGGUGUGGUACUGGCUGCACCUGUCCAACAUGCGCUGCUUGAGACACUCCCUACUAGUUUAUCUUAUGAACAUGAUAUCAAUAUUCCUAUACUAUGCAUUUUGUAUGUAUGUGCGUGUUUGUAGUGCCUUGGGCGUUUAGUAUGUUGCCCGCUCUCGGUUGCUUUACAGGCUACGUCCAAUAAGAGCGCAUGCGCCUCCUAAGUUAUAUGUUAUAAAUGAUCAGUUGAUGCUAAAA